AUGUGGAGGAGGAGAGAGAAGAUGAGGCUGAUUAAGCCCCCUGUUGAGUACCCUCUGGAGACAAAGUACAGACCUGUGUUAGAGAGUUUGGUUCCCAGAGAUCCAAUGUCAAGGUUCAAUCUAAAGAGGGGCUCUCCUAAAGAGGAGUUCCCUGACCUGGAUAGGAACUACACCUGUAUGGGCCGUAUCCUCACACUGCACAUGUACACGCGUCAGUUCAACCGCGCCACUGAGAGCGGAGUCAUCUUUGACGACAUCAUUCGUCCUGGCAUUGAAGAGCCUGGGCAGCUGAAUGGACAAAUGACAGUAGGGUGUGUGGCAGGGGAUGCCCAGUCCUACAUUCUCUUCUGUGACUUCUUUGACCGAAUCAUUGAAGCUUACCAUGACUACAAAGUCAGCACAAAUGUUAUACAAGAGAGUGAUUUCAAUUACGACAACUUAAAGGGAGGUGACAACUUUGACCGGGCUUACGCAGUGAGCUGUGAGGUGAGCGUUAGUCGCUCUGUGGAAGACUACUGCUUCCCCACUCACUGCAGCAGAGGAGAGCGGAGGUGUCUCCUCUCGCUGGCUAAGAAAGCUCUGGAGCAAUUCGGAGAGGAAUUCCCUGGUAAACUUUACUCUAUGGAAGAGCUCAGUGAGAGUAAUGAGGAGAAAGGAAUUAUUAUGAAGACCCUUCCCCCUUCCUUAAUUCAAAUUGGCGUGGCCCGUGAUUGGCCUGAUGCCCGAGCUGUUUGGGUGAGUAAGGAUGCCUCCCUCUCAGUUUGGCUUAACUUUGAGGAUCAUCUCAGAUUAGUGGCAACCAGAGAUGAUGCCAACAUUCAAAAUGCCUUUGAGUGCAUCUGCGUCAACCUCUUGAAGUUGGAGCAUCUGUAUAAGAAGCUGAGGAAACCUUUUAUCUGGAAGGCACACCUGGGCUGGGUGGUGAGUUCUCCGGCAGAGGUGGGGACAGGUCUAAAAGCAAGCAUCAAAGUGAAGCUGCGGCAUCUCCCCCAGCACAAGCGCCUGCCAAACGUCCUGGAGAGACUGCGCCUUCACAUGGAGACCACGGACUGUGCUGGAGUAUACAAAAUAAGCAACAUUCAGACUAUUGGAAUGACAGAGGUGCAGAUAACCCAGCUUGUGGUAGAUGGAGUCAAACUGCUCAUUGCCAUGGAGAAAAGGCUGGAAAACAAUGGAGGAAUUGAUGACCUGGUGCCUACACAGAAGUAG